AUGUAUUCACCUUCUCUUCACCUUUCCGUGCGUGAACCCUUCUACAAACAACACGACUACUUGACCACCAACACCACAAUCACUCUCCCCGUGCCACCAGCGAACGAAGCAACUAUGUCAGGCAGCGUCGACCGUCCUAACAAGCCAUCGGCCAUCUCGCCUUCCACCACCGGCCCUCAGCCAAGCGUCCACAGCGACAAGGGCAAAGUCAUAGCCACGCUCCCAACCGGUGACUCCGUCGAAGUUCUGCUGUACGGCGCGACCGUCACCAGCUGGAAGAGCAAUGGCAAGGAGAGACUCUGGCUCAGCACUGCUGCUAAGCUCGAUGGCAGCAAGCCAGUACGAGGUGGCAUUCCAGUCGUCUUCCCCAACUUCGGGCCCCCGCCAAAAGACCACGCAACCUCCUCCCUCCCUCAACACGGCUUCGCCCGCAACACCCAAUGGGACUACCUAGGCAAAUCCUCCUCAGAAUCCGGCCGUCUCGCCAAGGGCGGCGACGACAGCGUCAAGCUCGACUUCGGACUCUCCUCCUCCAACCUCAGCGAAGAAGCACGCAAAGCCUGGCCCCACAAAUUCGGUCUCGUCUACAGCGUAACUCUCGCCAAAGACGGCCUGCAGACUAUGCUCCAAGUCCAGAACAAGGGCGACUCCGCCUUCGAGUUCCAGAUGCUGCUCCAUUCCUACUUCCACACUCCAGAUAUCAGCAAGACGGAGGUAAAGGGGUUGGGUAGCACUACCUAUAUCGACAAGAUGCUCGAUGCCUCGGAGCAGCAGCAGACAGAUCCCUCAGUCCGUAUCACGGGCGAGGUAGAUCGCGUGUACAAGAGCAUUAAGCAGGACACCACAUCCGUUGUCGUGGACGGCCAGUCCCUUCUCGACGUUCAGCGCGACAACCUCAGCGACAGUGUGGUGUGGAACCCAUGGAUUGAGAAGUCGAAGGGUAUGGGCGACUUCGAGCCCAAGGAUGGGUACAAGCAGAUGAUUGCUGUGGAGGUCGGGACCGUUGAUGGGUGGCAGAAGCUUGAGGCCGGUGAGACUUUUGAGGGUGGACAGAUUCUCAAGGCGCAUUGA